UAUGUUCUAUUUGAGCUUACCCAUGUGAUGAUCAUUACCUACUGGUAAAAUUAACAAGAAAGUUACAAUGUUACGAGCUGUGAGGAGCAUUGUAGGACUAGGUAUGCGGACACGCGCUGCCUCCACCUCAUGUCUGGACCCUAGUCGCGGGCUAACCAGUGAGCAGAUGCAGUUACAAGCAGAGGCUCUGAGGUUUGCCAGUAACGAGAUGAGCCCUCAUAUGAAAGACUGGGACCUCAAAGAAGAGUUACCUGUUGAGGUGUUGCGUAAAGCGGCAUCUCUUGGGUUUGCUGCUAUCUAUGUGCGUGAGGAUGUUGGAGGGUCUGGGCUGUCACGACUAGACACUUCUGUUAUAUUUGAGGCUCUCUCCACUGGCUGUGUCAGUACCACCGCUUACCUCUCCAUACACAAUAUGUGUGCUUGGAUGAUAGAUGAGUAUGGCAGCCUGAGUCAGCGUGAGAGCUACCUCCCUGACCUCACCACCAUGACCAGACUCUCCUCUUAUUGUCUCACUGAACCUGGGGCAGGGAGUGAUGCUGCUAACCUGCAAACAAGGGCUGUACUAGAGGGAGACACUUAUCGCCUCACAGGGUCAAAGGCAUUUAUUAGCGGAGGGGGUGUGGCUGAUGUGUACCUAGUCAUGGCACGGACAGGAGAGCCAGGUCCCAAAGGCAUCUCCUGCUUCAUUGUGGAUAAAGAUACUCCUGGACUUUCCUUUGGGAAGAGAGAGAAUAAGGUCGGCUGGAAUAGCCAGCCAACACGUGAAGUGGUGCUAGAGGAUUGUCCAGUACACAGGGAACAACUAUUAGGAGCUGAGGGACAGGGAUUCAGUAUUGCCAUGGCCGGACUCAAUGGAGGACGAAUCAACAUUGCCUCAUGCAGUUUGGGUGGUGCCUGGCAAUCUAUUGCACUAGCUACAGAACAUCUCAAGCAAAGACAAGCAUUCGGACAAACACUCGCUAACUUUCAGUACCUCCAGUUCAAGAUGGCGGACCUUGGCACCUCCCUGACAGCCUCUCGCCUCAUGGUCCGCCAUGCUGCCGCUGCACUGGAUGAUGGUGACAAUGCCACUGCUGAGCUGUGUGCUAUGGCUAAACUGUUUGCAACUGAUCAUUGCUUCAAUAUUACUAAUGAAGCGUUGCAACUCCACGGUGGCUAUGGUUACCUCAAGGACUAUGCAGUGCAGCAGUUCAUGAGGGAUACUCGAGUACACCAGAUAUUGGAAGGUACUAAUGAAAUCAUGAGACUCAUAGUGUCCAGGAACAUUCUACAGUGAACACUAGAGCUUUGUGUACUUAAUUUGUGUAUGUUCUGAGAACUCUCUUUUUGUAUAAUAAUUAUGAUAUAAUGAUGUACAUGAUAAUGUAUGAAAAACAAGUUAUCAAUAAAAUAAUUAUAAGAAGAA